AUGGCGGCGUUGGCGGAGUCUCUAUCGCUGGAGAGAGAUGUUGCCAGGGCUGUCGAGCUCCUGGAGAAGUUACAGCGGAGUGGCAAUGUCCCGCCUCAGAAACUGCAGACAUUGCAGCGGGUUCUUCAGAGCAAGUUCUGCUCUGCUAUUAGAGAGGUGUAUGAACAGCUUUACGAGACGCUCGACAUCAGUGGCAGCCCUGAGAUAAGAGCCCACGCAACAGCCAAGGCAACAGUGGCGGCUUUCGCAGCCAGUGAGGGCCACGCACACCCUCGGGUUGUGGAACUUCCGAAGACAGAAGAGGGACUUGGCUUCAACAUAAUGGGUGGGAAGGAACAGAACUCCCCCAUCUACAUAUCCCGAAUUAUUCCCGGCGGAGUGGCAGAUAGACAUGGAGGACUUAAGCGCGGCGAUCAGCUUCUCUCAGUGAACGGAGUGAGUGUGGAAGGGGAGCAGCAUGAGAAGGCUGUGGAGUUGUUGAAAGCAGCCCAAGGCACGGUGAAGCUGGUGGUGCGGUACACGCCCAAAGUGCUGGAGGAAAUGGAGGCUCGCUUUGAGAAGAUGAGGACCGCCCGGCGUAGGCAGCAACACACCAGCUACUCGUCCUUGGAGUCCAGAGGAUAGCUGUUCCGAUCUCCUGUUUCAAGAGGUGGGCAUGGUACAAGCAUGUGAUACAGCUGUUGCGCGUAUAGCCAAGUGCCAAGAGACCCCACACUGUAGGUCUGACCACGAAAAACAAUGUGCUUAACCAAACUCUGCAAGGGUAUCAUCUUUUUCACGAUUAAAUGUCAGCACGUAUUGGGGGAAGCUGGUGUGGUUGAGGGCACCUAGAGAUGUAAUUGGCCAAACAUGAAGGACAAUUCUCAUUGAAGGUGAUACCUCUUUAAAUUUCAUGAGUUUAUAAAGAUCUGAAAUCUCCCGCUGUGAAAAAUGUACCCAUUAAUUGACCAAUAUGUUUUCGAUCAUCUCCCACUUUAUCACGAUGAUUGGGUUUUUUCAUAUUGAGGCCUGAAGUAUCACCCCGACUCCAUGACUUAUUCACCCAUCUAUAGGAAUUCCACUAGCAAAGGUAUUUAGCUGGAUUAAAGACUUGUUUAGGAAUAGGAUUGAAAGUUUACUUUUAAUGUCUAUAUUUUAAGGACAAUUCUACUUAACAAGAAAGCGGUUCAUCUAUGUUUAUGCAGCUUGAGGUUUCAUGUUCUCAGUCUAAAAAUGGCAGUGCUUACUUAGACAGCGUCAGGAAAAUCUGAAUGAGACCUAGUUAUCCGAAAUGUGUUUCCUAUUGAAAUUGCAGUGGCAUUAUUGUAAUAAUUAGGAAUUCUGAAGGGAAUUAUAACUAUUUGUGGAAAGCUUUAAAUGCCAAGACAACUGGAGUUGAUUAUAAAUCAUGUCCUAUUGGGAAUGGACCGGUUCAUUAUAGAAUCCAGUCUCCCCCCCCCACCCCUUCCUCUCAUUGCCCAUCCCCCCGCCACCGCUUCCAGGAAGAAAUAUCUAGUGAGGAGUUAUACAAUAGCAUGAAUUAUUUUUGGCUCUGUGUGCACAAUUGACUGCAGUUUACCUGAAAACAAAUUGUGCUGAUGAGAACCCAGCAACUCUGACUGAAAAGUGACACCUUCAUAGCUUGUCUCAGAGCUUUGGAUUUGACCUAGCUUUGCAGACUGGGUUCUGGUUACUAGUUACACAUGUUGAAGUCUUUAGCUAACUGUAGCUACUUUUGAUGGUGUUUGGCACCCCUCCCUCACUGUAUUGCUUGAUUUUCUAUGUUAUGGCAAAGACAUGAACCGCCUCGUCUUGUUUGUCCAUCCUUCGGGGGUGUAGUAUUUAAAGCUCCCACCAGUACUGUGUGUGAAUUCCUUACUGGUACAGUCAUGUCACAAAAGCAGUAUUGGCCACUUUCUUACCGGCCCUUUUGACUUACUGCCAUUUGAGGUGGUUACUGAAAGCUGGGUAGUACCGCAGCAGUAAUGCCUCUCACCGGGCUGCUCGCUGCAACAUUCAGUGUGUCAGUUCAGUGGUUGAUAUCCUUAUAGCCCAUGGACUAGCUCAGCUGAUGGCAACAGAUUUGACUGGUAAUUAGUGACAAGUUUGUUUGAUUAAAUGUAGGGAGUAAUACCACUUAAGGUAGAAGAGGGUGAGACGUUUUAUUUGUUGGCAGCUGUAUUUUAUUUCAAAUAGAGUGUUGAAAACUCAGCUCAUACGGUGGUGGAGUUACAAUACGAUAGAAACACUCUGGACAAACUUGUACUCUCUUCAGCGUAUCUGGCAGCUGCUCUAAGGUCCAGGCUGGCUGAGAUAAUCCACUACCACCUCAGCACAAGAACAUCCAGCAUCUUUCAGGAUAUGCUCAGACAAAGGGGGAGUAAUUGGACAUUCAAAACAGGACAUAGGAGCAGAAUUAGGCCAUUCAGCCCAUCAACCAUGGCUGAUGGCCUAAAGUAGACAAAUGCACUAUCCUGACCAGCAAGUCUCUGCCAUCAUUUACACAUAGCUUAUCCUAUGUCUGUUUUAAUUAUUUCUCAUGUUUAUUUAGUUUUUUUAAAAAAAAAACUUGCAUAUACUAUUCAAGGUAGAAUGUACAUUGUAGCAGAGUACAGGUGCUUUGGCUCCCAAUAUUGUGCCGACUUUUAACUCACUUUAAGAUCAAUCUAAUCCUUCUGUCCUACUUAGCCCUUUAGUUUUCUAUCAUCCAUGUGCCUGUCUAAGAGUUUCUUAAAUGCCCUGAAGUAUCUGCCUCUGCCACCACCCCUGCGGUGCAUUCUACGCAUCCACCACUCUCUGUAAAAAAAAAUUACCUCUGACAUUGCCCCCGAUACUUUCCUCCAUUUAUCUUAAAAUUAUGCUCCCUUUUAUUAGAAAUUUGCACCCUGGGAAAAUGUGUCUGAUUAUUCACUCGGUCUAUGCCUCUUACCUUCUCGGUGAAGUUCCUCUUUUAUUUCCUAUUUGAAAACUUAUGGCUUUCUGGCUUGAUCAAUAUACAAGUUAAACCAUCAUUAAACUCCUUCAUAAUCUUUGCUGUAAUUUCCUCUUUUCGAGAGGAAGGAGCCCCAGCUGUUGAUCUUUCCCACUGGCAUAAUCUCCCUGUACCGAUUGCAUAAUUUUUACUCCCGUCUCCGGCCUUGUUCACUGCCUUCAUUAAUUGGAUUCUACUCUGUGCUAGCUAGUUGCCGUGGAAUGGGAAUGAGAGAUUUGAGCAGCAUUCUUACACCCCUGCUGGUGGGAACAGUCUCCCUGUAAAAACACAUGCUGACUUGUGAAACUCUAGAAAUGACCUGACCAGUUCCUUAACACGCUGUAUUCUUAGAUCAAACUACCUUUUGGAUUCCAACCCUUAUUACUGACACUUUUAAAGAGCUGUUUAAUUUAGCUCUCAAUUUGUGCAGCCUAAAUUAAUCUUAACCUUGUUAUAUAAACUAAUUGGAUAUCAGAAAUCAGAAAUAUGUGAAACGUGGUUUUGAUCGGAGCACAAUUUUAAAUUUCUGUUCUUCAUUUCCCUCCUAAUUUCUUUAUCUGUCCUAGUUAAACUAUAAACUUAGUUUAUUCAUUGUUCUCAGUAUUUUUUCCAAUGUUAAGAUGUUUUUAAUUGUAUUUCUCUGUCAUAUAGGCUAGUGUUUUUUAAUUUGGUCUCUGGGAUAUGGGUGUUGCGACCACGGUCUGCAUUUAUUGCCUAUCCCUCCAUGCCCAUGGCUAGUCAGAGUUUUCACUUUACAGGGUCAUGUUUAGUCCAAACUGGCCAUGGAAAGCAGAUGUCCAGUCAUGGUCAUGGUCAUGUGAUUUUCGUGAUCACUAUCUUAUUCCAGAUUUACAGUAUUUAAAUUAACUGAACUCAAAUGUAUGAAGUGUCAUGAUGGGAUAAUAAGUUAUGUCUGUUUUGUUAACUCAGGCCUCAAAAUGACUAGUCCAGUAGCACAACCCCUAGGAACCAUAUUGGAGAUGGGGCCAACUGAUAGUGAGGUGGGCUAAUUUGUAACAGAAGACUGAAAGCCUCACACCGCACCCCCCCAGUCACUCAUGACAUAACAUUCAUAUAAUGUCUGAACCGCAUUGUCAUUACAGAUCUAUGAGUGAUGAGAUGAGGUUAAACAAAGUUUAUUGUCAUCUGCACAAGUGCAGUGAGAAACUUACUAGUACCAACAUCACAGGCACAUAGCAUCAAAGAAACAGCAUUCACAAGAAAACAUAAAUAUAAAUUAUUCACAGUUUUUACAAGAAAGAACACAAUUAAAACAAAAAAGUGUAUUUUAGACAGAACUCUGCGACGGUUAUCUUUCACUUCAAAAACACUAAAGUCUUCCAUAGGUUUGCACUCCCCAUGGGAGAUGCCUCUUCACGUUCUCAUAGGACUUUAGUUUUUGAAACUUGUGGGUUUGUAUUAAGGAUGGGCAGGAGAUCCCACUUGAUUUGUCAAGACUGUGGUCUCUUUCAAAAUUCCGACCCCCUCCCUCAGGCACUCCCCAGCCUUUUCCUCUCAUCCUGAAUGUGAUUUAGUGCUGUCCCACUCACCCCUCCGAUACUUCACCCAAGCGGUUGUUCACAUAGGGCACAGCUUUUGACUAGAAGCAUACCAUAACUGAGCCCAAUCUGUAUCUUUGUAUUGCACACCUCCAGUAGAUGAUAGUGUCACCAGAAUCCAGUCCAUAGCCCAGGGAAUGCUUCAUGUGCAGUUUCCCUACUGAAUCAUGGCUAUAAGCAGUUUGCUUGGCACAGACUACCGACCACCGCCCAGAACCUUCAGCUCUCUAUGCUUCAGUGCUACACCGAGUUGUGCCUUGGCUCCAUUGGCCAUUAAGCAACCCUAGGAACAUUCAUCCACAGAUAUUGUAGAGCUAAUUUCUGUGUAAUGCAUAACGGAAAGACAGUCAGAGGAGGUCCAUGACUCACUGGCUGCCCAACACUGUAGAUUGCUGUUUGUGCAAUUUAUAACUCUAACCUUAGUUAUUGGUAACCAAAACUGACAAAAGACAGGCAGCAAUGGUACCAGCGGAGAUGGUUCUUAAGACAAGUGUACCUCUGUCAGGAGGAAAUAAAUACAAGUAUUUAUAUAGGGGAAAGAAUUAUCAAGGCAUGUAGUGGGUGGAAGCCAUUUGUCUCAUUGCAUCCCUCCAUUCUGAUGAGACUAAUCCCACUCCCGGCAUUCAGACUGUAGAUUAUAAUCUUCGUGUGCUCACUUCAAUACUUCAUGAAUGUUGUGAGGGUGUUUGACUCCGUCACCCUUUCAGGCUGUCAGUUCUUGAUCCACGUUCCACUUUGGAUUGUCUGUUAGCUUCCUCAGUUAUACUCUGAUCCUCCCCAAUACCUCAAUCUAUACCUACUGGUUACUGACUGCUCAUUUAAGCGAAAUAGAUUCUUUUCGCUCCCUGUCAAAACCUCACACAAUUUUAUAUACCUCAGUUAAAUCUCCCUUCAGCAUCUCCUGUUCCAAAGCACACAACCCAAGGCUACUCGUCCUUCCUCGUAACUAAACAUAGCAACAUGCUCAUAAGUCUCUGAAAGCUCUCCAUUGCCCACUGGCCUGGAUCCCUAAGUGCAAGGAGCUAAACAGUAUGUUUGUUGCAGAACGUCUUGUUGUUUGUUCCUCAUCCCACAAGGUAAGUGGGAUCAGUCAUAAGUAAACAAAAAUCCUCGGCAGGCCAAGCAUCAAGUCUGUGGAGUGAGACAAACGUUUCAUUGCUUGGUGACUUUGAGCAUUAAGUUUUACUAUCUCCACAAGCUGUCUGACCUGAAUUUUUCAGUUUUACUGAAGGCUUUCAGCAUCCACGGUUCUUCAUUUGGGAUGAGUGGGAUUGAUUGUCAGAAUCUCCUGAACAUAAGUAACUUCUCAAAAAAGAGCAGAUAAAUGUGCUCAGCAGUGCCGGGCAAUCACAGUGUCCGAUCAGUGUGGAAUCUUUAAAUUAGCUGAUAUUUGGCAAACCAUUUGUUUCUACUGACAAUAGUCCUUGUACAGUAUGUGCAACACCUUCCCCUCCCUCCUGCCCUAUAGAAACACAUGUUAUAUGUCACCAGUAUUUCGGCUGAAAGCCAGCUAGAUACGGGGUAAUUCCUAACACAACCUUGUGGAAUAUUGUUGUAUACCUUGAACAUGUCGUGUGUGCUAACUGGAAACGAGGGAUGUCUGUAAAUCUUAAAUGUACUGUAACCUUACUACUGUACUGACAUAAUAUGCACUGAUGUAUAUUAUACGCAGCUGAAGUCUUAAAUGUUUCCAUAAUCGUUUCAUAUAGCUGCAGUCUAAUUUAUUGCCUAAUAAAGUAAUAUAUUAUUUAAAGCAGUGAAAAAGGCACUUAUGUUUCUUUUGUGUAAG